AUGGCUUGCCCCUGGCAGUCAGAUGAGCUCAUUUUUUUUGUGAAUGGCAAGAAGAUAAUAGAGAAGCAUGCGGAACCUGAAGAACUGUUGUUGUCUUAUUUGAGAAAAGGACUUUGUCUCACAGGGGUGAAAAAAGGCUGUGGAAUAGGGGGCUGUGGAGCCUGCACAGUGAUGAUAUCCACGUAUGACCCAGUUUCCAAGAAGAUACUACAUUAUCCUGCCAACUCCUGCCUGCUCCCCAUAUGCUCGCUGCAUGGCGCUGCAGUCACCACUGUGGAAGGUGUUGGAAGCACAAAAACCAGGAUUCACCCAAUUCAGGAAAGGCUGGCCAAGUGCCAUGGCUCUCAAUGUGGCUUCUGCACCCCUGGAAUGGUGAUGUCCAUGUACGCUUUGCUGAGAAACCACCCAGAGCCCUCCAUGGAGCAGAUAACUGCAGCUCUGGAUGGUAAUUUGUGCCGUUGCACUGGAUACAGGCCAAUAAUAGACAGCUACAAGUCUUUUGCUGGGGAACCCACCUGCUGCCAGCUGAGAGGAACAAGACAGUGCUGCCUGGAUCAAGAAGGUGUGCAUGCAUCUUCUGAUAAGGGAGAUGGGAUGUGUUCAAACCUCUGCAAUCCAAAAGAGUUUCAGCCCAUGGACCCAAGCCAGGAGUUUAUUUUUCCUCCAGAACUUAUGAGAAUGGCUCAGGAGCAGCAGAAAAGAACUCUGGUUUUCCGGGGGGAAAGAACUACGUGGAUUUCUCCCAGCAGCCUGAGAGAGCUUCUGGAGCUCAAGGCCAAGUACCCCAAAGCACCUGUCGUUGUGGGGAACACCAGUGUUGGGCUUGAUAUGAAAUUUGCUGGUGUUCAUCAUCCCAUUAUCCUCUAUCCCACCAUGAUUCCAGAUCUGCAUGAUGUGAGUAGCACUGCUAAUGGACUAGUGAUAGGAGCUGCCUGCGGACUGGCUCAGCUCAGAGACAUCCUGAGAGAAGUGGUAUUGAAGCUCCCAGAGGAGAAGACAAAGAUCUUCCAUGCUCUCUUGCAGCAGCUGAAAACUCUGGCUGGAGAACAGAUCAGGAGUGUGGCUUCUUUAGGGGGACACAUUGUUAGUAGAGGAUCAACGUGGGAUCUGAACCCUGUCCUGGCAGUUGGCAACUCUAUUCUCAACCUGGCAUCAAAAGAUGGAAAACGGCAGAUUCCUUUAUCGGAUGACUUUCUUGCUGGAUUUGAAAAUGCAGAUAUUAAGCCACAAGAGGUUAUAGUGUCAGUUUUCAUCCCAUACUCUAAGAAGGAUGACUUUGUGUCAGCCUUCCGACAGGCAGAGCGCCGGAAGAACGCCUUGUCGAUUGUGAAUUCUGCAAUGAGAGUGCUUUUCAAACCAGGCACAAAUAUCAUUAUGGACCUGAACAUUCUUUAUGGAGGCAUUGGCUCUACCACAGUCAGUGCAAAGAAAUCCUGCCAGAAGCUCAUCAGGAGGCAAUGGAAUGAGCAGAUGCUGGGUGAAGCUUGCAGACUGGUGCUUGGCGAAAUUUUUCUCUCCCCCUCAGCUCCAGGUGGGAAGGUGGAAUACAGAAGAACUCUGCUUGUCAGCUUCCUUUUCAAAUUCUACCUGCAAGUGUUGCAUGGUUUAAAGAUGGUGGAUCCAACAAGGUAUCCUGACCUACCAAAGGAGUUCAUGAGUGCUGUAGAAGAGUUUCAGUGGAAAACACCCCACAGUAUACAAGCAUAUCAGGAUGUAGACCCAAGGCAGCCUCCACAAGAUCCAGUGGGACGUCCUAUCAUGCACCAGUCUGGAGUUAAGCAUGCCACAGGUGAAGCUAUCUACUGUGAUGACAUUCGUCAUCAGGAUGGCGAGCUAUUUUUGGCUGUGGUCACAAGUUCAAGAGCCCAUGCAAAAAUUUUAUCAAUUGAUGUAUCAGAAGCCCUCAAAGUGCCAGGAGUGGUUGAU